GCAGCUGGAGCUGCCGCCUCAUCCCGGCCCAGCCUCCCCCAACAUCCCUCUCCCCAGCUGGACAUCUGGACUCUGGGCCCGCAACGGCAGGGUUCCGGAAACCCUCCCAGCCCAGCUCGGAGGACCAGGGCCCGAGCCGCCAUCCCUCCCGAACCCCCCGCCCUUCUCCAGACCAGACUUCCGCCCACCCCUGGACACCCCUUAUCUGUCCCCUCCCUCUCCUCCUCCCCCAGCCUGGACCGGGGUAGGAGGGAGGGGGGGUGUGCGCCCUGCGCCAUCCCCGGCCCGCCCCCCCGUGAUUCCCCCUGCAUGGCCGGCCCGGGUGGGGGGCGCGGGGGGCCCCGGACGCCAUGCGGGGGGGGCACAAGGGGGGUCGCUGUGCCUGUCCCCAUGUGAUCCGAAAAGUGCUGGCAAAAUGCGGCUGCUGCUUCUCGCGGGGGGGACGUGAGUCAUAUUCCAUUGCUGGCAGUGAAGGGAGCGUCUCUGCUUCUGCUGCUUCGGGUCUGGCUGCCCCCUCCGGCCCCAGCUCUGGCCUCAGCUCUGGCCCCUGCUCCCCGGGGCCCCCAGGGCCAGUCAGUGGCCUGAGGAGAUGGUUGGAUCACUCCAAACAUUGUCUCAGUGUGGAAAGUGAGACCCAUGGUGGCCAGCCAGGAUCAUAUGAGAACUGGAUCCUGGAGCCAGCUCUGGCCACAGGAGAAGAACUGCCAGAGCUCACCCUGCUGACCACAUUGUUGGAGAGCUCUGAAGAUCAGGCGCAGCCAGCUGAGGAGGACACUGCUUCCCAAGCACCUGAGAGUGAGGAGGAGCAGAAGAAGCAAGCUCUGGAAAGGAGCAGGUAUGUCCUGAGUGAACUAGUCGAGACAGAGAAGAUGUACGUGGAGAAUUUGGGGCAGAUUGUGGAGGGUUACAUGGCCACCAUGGCUGCCCAGGGCAUCCCGGACAGCCUUCGAGGCCGCGACAGGAUUGUGUUUGGCAACAUCCAGCAAAUCUACGAGUGGCACCGAGACUAUUUUCUGCAGGAGCUACAGAGGUGCUUGAAGGAUCCUGAUUGGCUGGCUCAGCUCUUCAUCAAACACGAGCGCCGGUUGCAUAUGUAUGUGGUGUACUGCCAGAAUAAGCCCAAGUCGGAGCAUGUGGUGUCAGAGUUCGGGGACAGCUACUUUGAGGAGCUUCGGCAGCAGCUGGGGCACCGCCUGCAGCUCAGUGACCUUCUCAUCAAGCCUGUGCAGCGGAUCAUGAAAUACCAGCUUUUGCUCAAGGAUUUCCUCAAGUAUUACAGCAGAGCUGGAAUGGAGUGCCAACAGCUGGAGCGAGCCGUGGAGGUCAUGUGCUUUGUGCCCAAGCGCUGCAAUGACAUGAUGACUCUGGGAAGACUACGGGGCUUUGAGGGCAAACUGACUGCUCAGGGGAAGCUCCUGGGCCAGGACACAUUCUGGGUAACAGAGCCAGAGGCAGCGGGGCUGCUCUCCUCCCGGGGCCGAGAGAGGCGCGUCUUCCUUUUUGAGCAAAUCGUCAUCUUCAGUGAGGCCCUGGGAGGAGGCGUGCGAGGAGGUGCAGCCCAGCCUGCUGGAUAUGUGUAUAAGAACAGCAUCAAGGUGAGCUGCCUGGGACUGGAGGGGAACCUCCAGGGUGACCCUUGCCGCUUUGCGCUGACCUCCAGAGGGCCGGAGGGUGGGAUCCAGCGCUAUGUCCUGCAGGCCACAGACCCUGCAGUCAGCCAGGCCUGGAUCAAGCAAGUGGCCCAGAUCCUGGAAAGGCAGAGGGACUUUCUCAAUGCAUUGCAAUCUCCCAUCGAAUACCAGAGACGAGAGAGUCAGACCAACAGUCUCGGGAGGCUAGGAGGCCUUGGGGUGGGGAGUCCUGGAAGAACCAGGCCUGGGAACCAGGCCCAGGCCAGCACACACACCCCCAUCAAUGGCUCUCUCCCCUCCCUGCUGCUGUUGCCUGAAGGGGAGGUAGCCAGAGCCCCCUUGCCCCUGGACACACAGACCUCCAGUGAAGCCCCCCAGGCUCUUCAGGACUCUCCUCCAAGCCCUCCAGCUCCCUCCACCCCUCUCUGCCAGGCCAGACUCGCCAAGCUGGAUGAAGAUGAGCUGUAACUUGUAACUGGUGAAGGCCAUGAGAGUGGGGCUGCCUCUGUGGCAGCCGCCACUCUGUCCCCUAGGGAGCUUCAGGGCACCCCUUUGUGGCACCAGCUGGGUUGUUGCCCUCCCUCCCAGUGUGUCUGGAGGUGGGGCCAGGCCGGGAGCAGCAGUGUCAGCCUGGAGGAAGAUACCUGGUACACCCCAAAGGACUUUUUUCUACCCAAGGAACACGGAUUUCUCCAGCUCUCAUCUUUAUGCAUGCAUCACCGGGCCCCCCCAAAAGAGGAAAAGUGGGUGGACGGGAGGGCUAGGGCAGGGGUCUGAUAGGAAUGAUUGGUUUGGGUUUUGAUCUUGUUUUUCUGUUUUCUGAAAAUAAAAGUUUUGUUACAUCA